AUGGAGGGUUUAAGUAUAGCUGUCAAGAGUGCCUAUCAACAAUCUCUGUUUAAAGGUAUACAACUGCCUAACAACGGACCAUGUCUCACACACUUGUUAUAUGUGGAUGAUGCCAUUUUCAUUGGCAAAUGGGACAAAGGUUGUAUAAAAAAUCUGGCUCGCAUUCUGAAAUGCUUUCAUAUUAGCUCGGGAUUGAAAGUUAAUUUCCAUAAGUCAAGAUUAUUUGGAAUUAGAGUGACUGAAGAUGAACUUGAAGAGCAAGCAAAGAUUCUUGGUUGCUUGAAAGGAGUGUUCCCUUUCUCAUACUUAGGUGUUCCGGUUGGGGCAAAUUUGUCCCAAAAAAAGAAUUGGAGACCAAUAAUAGAAAAAUUCCAAUCAAGAUUAUCUUUAUGGAAGGCCAAAACACUGUCAUUUGCAGGGCGUCUCACACUUGUGAAGUCGGUACUAAAUAGUCUCCCCACAUAUUAUUUCUCACUAUUUAGAGCACCUCACGGUGUGAUUGAAGAUCUUGAGAAAUUAAGGCGAAAGUUCUUGUGGGGCGGUGAUGACUCGAGAAAAAUUCAUUGGGUGUCAUGGCCUAAGAUAAUAAUGGAUAAAAAAGAAGGAGGUUUGGGCGUUGGGUCCUUAAUGGCACAAAACCUGGCACUUCUCACAAAGUGGUUUUGGAGACUCAAAAUAGAGCCAAGGAGCCUAUGGAAAGAAUGUAUCAUGAGCAUUCAUAACUUGUCCAGAAAACCAUUCAACUAUAUGGUAAAACAAUCGAUUAGAGGUGUGUGGUGCAAUAUUUCCAAGGCAAUCAAGAGUCUUCAUGACGUGAAUACCAACUGUCAUUCCUUAUUCUCUCCAGUCCCAGGCACAAAUACACAAUUCCUAUUUUGGCUUGAUCAUUGGUGUGGAUCGAACAUUUUUAAAAACAAAUUUCCACUUCUGUACGAGUUGGAAUCUGUUAAAAAAUGUUAUGUCACUGAAAGAGUUGCCAAUGAGAGUUUCACAUGGAGUUGGAAAUCCUCACUCCGUGGUGAAGCUGUGCUAUCAGAAUUUGUGGAGAUUUGUUCGAUACUCAAUAAUAUUAGACUUACUCCAGUUUCCCUCGGAUUGAAGUUCAACCUUAAUUUGGAUGGUAUGUAUACGGUCAACAUGAUGAGGAGGUGUAUCGAUGCCACUGGAAUACCUCACAAUGGUCUGAUCGUUGAAUGGUCAAGGAUCAUCCCACUCAAGGUCAAAUGCUUUGUAUGA